ACAUUUGUUUCCAGCCGGACGACUUUGAACUGCACUCACUCACCGCCAUGUAGGAGCAAGCGCUCCUCAGGUCAGCUGUCAUUUCUGUUUUUUUUUUUGUAUUUCAUUGACAAAAAAAGAGUACUUGUAUGUAACCCAUCUACUUUUGUACAUGUAAAUCUUUUCCAAGCAGCGUGUGACCUCUUCAUAAUGCUAAUUGUAGCCGAUCGAGUUCCCAGCUGGUUUUUGUUAUUGUUUUAAAGAGGCAGUCGCUCAUUUGCAACGCGAGUACGGUACUGUACUUCAUUUCGAAGUCCAUCAUGCAAUUUUAACAUUUGAAGUAUCACAUAAUUGCGAGUUAUGAGGGAGCUUUUGAGAAAAGUGCACCAAUUUUUGGUAAAAAUCGCGCUGCUUCCGAGCACUUUGGGCAAAUCAAUGAGUCUCCCGGCCGCCUCGGAGCUGCUCACUUGUCACCUCGUGCAGCGAAAGCUUCCACCGUGGACCUCUUUCUGCGUCCGCUACUCUGCCGUCCAUAAUGAUCAGUUUGGCUUGUCCAACUUCAACUGGAGCGUUCGGGGAUCCAACUACCACAUACUAAGAACAGGCUGCUUCCCCUUCAUCAAGUACCACUGCACCAAAGCACCUCCACAGAACUUGGACUUCGAGGACAGGUUUUUUACCAUGCUCAAAGUUAUCAAUCUAGGUAUUCCCUGUUUGGCCUACGGGAUCGGUUGCUGGAUGGUUGUGGGUGCUGCAGAAACGGUCCAGACGAGUGUUGGUCCCGUAAAGGUCUAUUUUGCCUACAAGGAAGAAGAAGCCUGCUAUUGACUGAUGACAACUCCAGAACGGAUCCCGUCCCUCGCCCAAGGUGGCUGGCGUAGGCUCCAGCUCAGUCGCCACCCAAAUGACAAUAAACAUUAUAGAAAAGGGAUGAACGGAUAGCCAGACAGAAGACAGUUCAUUUUAUCUGCGAACAUUAGUUGCUGUUGACUGGCUUGUUACGCUAAGUGGCAUUGCUUAUUUAAUUACUUAUUAUAACGCAUUUACACAUUAGCAGUUAUGUAUUCAAUUGCGUCACAAGUGUAAAAAAAAAAAAAAUACAAGUAAGGCACAUCAAGUUUAAUUGUUCAAUGUUUUAUUAAUACAUUGGCAUCAAACAGCUUCAACAUAAAAUAACUUUUGCAUCUCGCUUCAGUUUAGCUUCGGCCGUUAUCAUCCUGCGACCGAGGCAGCUUUCGUUGUGCUCAUACAAUGUCAAAACCUCGUGCAUCAUUCAUACGCAAAAUCCCCCUAAACAGCGCGAUGACACCACACGAGCUUAAUCAUUCUAAUUGCCUUGAACAAGGAACAUUUACUGAAAUGUGAUCGGUGGUGUCAAGCUGCACUGAAAUCCCCCCUCCUUUCAUUUGCGACCUUUCAUCAGGACUCAAAGUGUGCAUGGGGAAUGCUCAGGCAACCAUGUCUUAAUUACUCAUUGACCCUUUGACCCCUUAGCUGGAUUGAUACAGCCGUAUGGCCAGGCGCAAGCGCGCGGGGUCGCGCCCGACUGCGGCUCUGUGAGCUCUUAUAGGACGAUUCGGGUCGCUGAAAUCCAAACUGCGGCGCGUGCGAGUGAGCAGUAUUUGUUUACGGGGCUUCACCUUUUGAGUCGCUCCCGAGCGGCUGGCGAUGGGAGCCCGACGCAGCUGAGACUGAAGCUCGCGUCAUCGCAGCUCGGCAAAUUAAGUAUAUUUGUCUACAUUUGCCACGAGAUUGAUGCCUUUUAAUAGCCGCGCUAGUCUAACGCUGUUAUGAAGCGGCUGAAUUACCCGACGCACUCGGCUCGAGUGCUAAUGAACAAAGAAUUAAAGCCUCGCUGCCAAAUUUAAUUGCGUGCAGAUGCUGGUAAUACAUUUUGUCAAGGUGAAAUCUUUAAGUACUUGUACUGCUUAGGAUCUGGGUAAGUAACGCAAAACAAGUGCUGAAAUUGUGUGCUGGGGCGAUGUGUUUAACAAUUUAAUUGCAACGUCUAAUGAGCUACGUUCUGUAGUCUAUAAAAAAAAAAGUCAUCAACUUGAAAUAGUUUUAGCUUUCUAAAUGAAUUAUUUAACAGGGAAGUUGUACCACUACCCUCACCCCCCACCCCAUCUUGUCAUAUAGAUGUAUGAUUUGGCAGAAACAAUUAUUUUGCGGACGACCCCCGUAGCUAACACUUGCACGGUUAUCAUUGUAAAGCUUCAGGAUGGACGACGGCUCCAUUAACAGCGGACGUGGGGGGUGGGGGGUGGGGGUACCCGAGCCAUCAAUCGCGUCACUUUAAGGAUCGCAUCGGCAUUACACGGGAAUACACGGGCGCCGUCACACCUUGUCACGUUCACGCUGUAAUGGCACGUUCCCAAUCAUAAUAUUGCCACGGAAAUAUAAAACUUAUUGCGUUUCAACAUAGACAUAUGGAGACUGUCGGGCGAAACGUUGCAAUUUGGCUCGUUCAGUCAUGAUUGUUUUUGAUGAGUGUCUUGGUUGUUUUCCAUUUAAUCGGGCAGAACUCCGGCAGAAAUCAAUUGUGGUGUAGUUCUUCGCUUAACAGUUGACAAGGGCUGUUGUAAUUCUUCGUUUUUAUCUUCCUCCUUCCUACCAUAAAUAUGGUACUCAUAUUGAUUUGUUUAGUCAGCGGUCACAAUAUUAGGUACACAGUCCAAUCCAUACGCG